UAUUUCCUCCUUUUCCACACACACCUCCUGUUAGCCUGCUAGCCUGUUAGCCUACUCACUACUCUACCUUAACAACUGUCGCUAAGCAACAACGGCUCAUAUAAAGUUUGUUUGACGUUGCCAUAUAAGGUGUUGCUAUAGGCUGUUGCUAUAGGGUGUUGCUAGUGCGUCUUUUUCUCAAUGAACACAGAAACGGUGUUGUGAAUUGUCACUCUCUCUCUCCUCGUGUGGCUAUAAAUACACACUCACACCAAAUUUGACUUGCUGCUGUCGUUAGCUUCCUCUGGCAGCUGCCAGGCUCUGUAACAGUAGCUUCUAGUUUGGGAACACUUACUGCAGGAAAAAUGGCAGAGGCAGUCGCAAAUGUGGCCCGGAGGAUUAAUGCAACCGUAGAGGAGGGGAAAGAUAGUUUGGACUUGUCAAACUGCAAGCUCAUUUCUUUCCCAGACGGUGUGUUCAAGGUCCUGAGGAGUGUCUCGGAAAACAUCCGCGUUAUCACAUUGGCUGACAAUGAGAUGAAGGCCCUUUCUAGCAAGUUCUUUUCAACCUUCACUCAGCUGAGAGAACUUGACCUGCGAGGCAAUGUUCUCACCAAGCUGCCUGACGCCGUGGGGGAAAUGGAGCAUUUGACCAGCAUCGAUCUUUCUAACAACAGCUUCUCCAUCUUCCCUGAUAAGCUUACUGAAAUAGCCACACUGGAGAGGAUUAACCUGGAGGGUAACAGCAUCACGGAAAUACCAGUGGAGAAGCUGUCUGCCAUGUCAGCUCUGAAGUGGCUAAACGUGAAGUCAAAUCCUUUGGACUCAAAUACUCAGUCCGCUCUGCAGUCUCCCCACAAUUUUGACAUCCUGUCAACCACAGAGUCCUAAAAUAUGUCACGUAUUAUUUUUACCCACCUAUAGAUUGCAUGCCGCGUGCCUUUGACUGCUUCAGUGAGACGCCUCCGUGUGCCUGAGGGAUGAGGAAAAACAUAAUACGUGAAGACAUUGAGCUGAUGAUAUCAUGAUGUGUUUACAAGAGACGAGAACACAAAGGUGUGUAAAGAUGGAGAUGAUGUACAAAGAGCUGAUGUUUGGCGAUGAAGUCACUCCAUCGUUACACAUCAUUUUUUAUUAGAACCAUGUUUUUGUCUCAGUUGAGAUGUGACUUAUUUAUUACUUUUGAUAGUAUAAAAAAGUUUUUUCAAUUAAAUAAUAUACACUGGAAA